GGGGUGAGGGCCAGCCAGGCCGGGGGGGCUCGAGCGCCGCUGCGGGGGCGGGGCCUCCCCCUUAGGACAAGAAACUAGUCUAGAUCCAGUAAAUUGGAAGAAAUGGAGGAAAGGAAAAUCAAGAGGAGGAGCCCCAAAUCAUCUACCAGUCAUCCUGCUCAGGUUGCUAACUCCAAGAAAAACUCUGUGCCAGUCAGUAAAAGCAUAGCCUUUUCAAAUCCUGCACCACAGCCUGCGGUACAGAAACCAAAGUUAAAACGUGUGAUAAAAGAGAAAGCCAAACCUCCAGGAGAUGAGGCAAAAGGGGCACAGGCAGCACCGAUCCAGCAUUCUUUUCUCACAGAUGUGUCAGAUGUCCAAGAAAUGGAAAGAGGACUUCUGAGUCUCCUGAAUGACUUCCACUCUGGCAAACUUCAAGCAUUUGGAAAUGAAUGUUCCAUCGAGCAGAUGGAGCAUGUGCGGAGUAUGCAGGAGAAACUCGCUCGCCUCAAUCUGGAGCUCUAUGGGGAGAUGGAAGAACUCCCUGAAGAUAAAAGGAAACUGGCCAGUGACUCAAACCUGGAUAGGCUGCUGUCAGAUCUGGAAGAACUGAAUUCAUCUAUCCAAAAACUACAUUUAGCAGAUGCUCAAGAUAUUCCAAAUGGUACCACAGGCUGAAAGAACAGCUUUAUCACUUGGGGCUCUUCCAGAAGCGCUUGUUUUCUUUUUCCUGAGAAGGGAAUCUGGAACAGUGGCUGGGUUUGGGGUGUCUUUUGGUGUUUUAGUAAUUUUAAACCAUGCAGAAUCAAAGUGCAAAUUCAAGUGGUUAUUUUUGCAGAGUCCUCUUUGAGCACUGUAUGACGUCAG